AUGGCUGAUGAAGAGAUUGCUGCUCUAGUUGUGGACAAUGGCUCUGGUAGGUGCAAGGCUGUGUUUGCUGGGGAUGAUGCCCCCCAUGCUGUGUUCCCCUCCAUUGUGGGGUGCCCUAGGUUCCAGGGUCAUGGUGUGAUGAUGGGGAUGGGCCAGAAGGACAGCUAUGUUGGGGAUGAAGCCCAAAGUAAGUGUGGUAUCCUGAUGCUGAAGUACCGUAUUGAACAUGGCAUUGUUACUAACUGGGAUGACAUGGAGACGAUUUGGCACCACACUUUCUACAAUGAGCUGUGGGUGGCCCCGGAGGAGCACCCAUUAUUGCUUAGUGAGGCCCCUAAGGCUAACAGGGAGAAGAUGACUCAGAUCACGUUUGAGACCUUCAACACACCAGCUACGUAUAUGGCUAUCCAGGCUGUGCUGGCCUCUGGCCAUACCACAGGCAUUGUGAUGGACUCUGGUGAUGGGGUUACCCACACGGUCCCCAUCUAUGAGGGCUAUGCCCUGCCCUAUGCUAGUCUCCAGCUAGACCUGGCAGUCAGUCAGACCCUGGCCGAUCUCAUGAAAAUCCUGACCGAGAGCUAUAGCUUCACCACCACAGCUGAGAGGGAGAUUGUGCGUGAUUUCAAGGAGAAGCUAUGCUAUGUUGCCUUGGAUUUUGAGCAGGAAAUGGCCACAUCCGCCGUCUCCUCUUCUCUAGAGAAGAGCUAUGAACAACCUGAUGGGCAGGUGAUCACCUUAGGCAAUGAGAGGCUCUGCUGCCCUGAGGCCCUUUGCCUGCCAGGCUUCCUGGGCAUGGAAUCCUGCAGCAUCCAUGAGACUAACUUCAACUCUAUCGUGAAAUGUGAUGUGGACAUCUGCAAGGACCUGUAUGCCAAUAUGGUGCUGUCCGGGGGCAUUACUGCCCGGAUGCAGAAAGAGAUUGCUUCCCUGGCACCAAGUACUAUGAAAAUCAAAAUCAUCGCCCCACCUGAGUGUAAAUACUCUGUCUGGACUGGUGGCUCCAUCUUGGCUUCUCUCUCCACUUUCCAACAAAUGUGGAUCAGCAAACUGGAGUAUGAUGAAUCUGGGCCAUCCGCUGUUCACUGCAAAUGGUUUUUAAAGGGACUUCCCAGCAGACAACUGCAUGAGAAAAAUGUAUCCACCAUACUGAGCUAUAUUAAUUCUCCUCUUUAA